AUGGCCAUCGUUCCGCACACAUCAGACGCAUACACCACUCUAACGCCCAUCCUCGUCUCCCGUUCCGAUGAGUCCGGCCAAGGGAAGAGCUUCGGAAACCUAUACCAGAACUACUUUGCCUUUGUCCCCGUCGUUGUCGUCGUCGCCCUCGUCUGUGCCUGCGUCUUCUAUCGCCGCAAGAAGCGUAUCGUCUACCAAGCCAACGUCUCACGUCAGAUCGCCUUGACCCGUGACAUUGAAGAUCAAGGCUUGCGCGCCAACAGGGGCUGGGGUUGGGGAGCUCUGUCACGCGACUAUUCGAGUGGUCCCGCUCCUCGUGGUCGGCCGCUUGGUGUUCUUUCUCCCUGGCGCUGCAGAAGAGAAGAAGAGGGUCUGAACGAGGCAGGAGAGGCUCCUCCGNCAUACAAAUCUGCUCCAGACGACAACGAUACCGUCCUCGAGACUGCUCAGCCCGCUCCUCCAGCCAACCCCACCACACCAGCUGUGCCUCGCCCGACCCUGGGCAGAGAGAACACCGGCCUUAAACUUCCAGACUACACUGAGACCGUUGUUUCGUCUCUCGCACCUGGGAGAGGCUCUUCGAGUACUACUAUUCCUACCUCGACCUCCACACCCACGAAUCCGCAUACCGACACCGGAUCAAAUGAUCUUCCCACAUACAACGACUCUCAUGAACGCAGAUAG